GGUCGCGCGGGAAUUUGCAAUCGAUGAUUCGGCGCGCAACGGUGAAAGGCGCGGACUGACUGCGCAGGCGUCGAGGGUUAGUCGGCUUUGCGGACUGCGCAAGCUCUUUCCCGGUGUUCCUCGUGAACGCGCAUGCCCGUAGGAAUGUCGACCCCGUCCUGUGACCACUCGGGCUCUGCUGCCAGGCUAUUACCCCACUCCCUUCUCAGCGCCCAGACAGAGCUGCUCCUGCUCGGAGAAGCCCGGGGUUUAGCCCACCCUCAGCUGCAGAUCCUGUGCUGAUGGGCUAAUGGAUAUGACAUGCAAAUACGGAGCUAAGAUCUAAAUCUUUGUGAGAAAGAAAAGGAAUAGGGUAGGGUGAAGACUGGGAGCAGAGUGGAAAGGUAGAGGCAAGAAAUUGAGAGAACAUGAGAAGGAAGAGGACAAUGUGAAAGAGGAGAAACUGGUGCUGCCACUCAGGAAUGAUGCUGGAGAAAGGACACAGGGUAAACCAAAAUUCUGCAUCCUGGGAAAGCCAGAACAUGUCAGUCAUGUUAUCUUACCAAAAAAAUUGUAAACAAAGCACAAGACACUUCAUGCAGUCAGAUCCCUGGCCAUCUAAAAUGCAAUGACUAAAACAUGGGGGAGGGCAUUUGCGCUGGAGCUUAGAAUCUAAAGUUAUCAAGUUGCACAAUAGUUGAUGGGCCCACACAAAGUACUUCCCAGGAACGUGAGAAUGUACGUCAUUUAAUAACCUUCAGGAAGGAAUGGACACUUAAAGAUGCCAUCUGUGGUCCUAUCCUGGAAGAUAAAGGCGCAGCUGAGUUCAAGGCUCUAGUAGAGAACACAUCAACUUCAAAGGCAGAGAAACCAGAAGGUGCUCCCCAGCUUUGGACACUUCCUUUGCUUAAGAUGCAUGCAAAGACAGUCCAAGUGAUCUGGGGAUGUAUCCUCCUGUGGAAUUUCUACACCUCAACCUCUCAGACCAUUUACCCUGGAAUCAAGGCAAGAGCAACUCAGCGGGCUCUGGAUUAUGGUGUUCAAGCUGGAAUGGAGAUGAUUGAGCAAAUGGUCAAGAAAAAGAAUAUCCCAGAUUUAAAGGGUUCUGAAUCUCUUGAAUUUCUGAAGAUUGACUAUGUGAAUUAUAAUUUUUCAAACAUAAAAAUCAAUUCCUUUUCAUUUCCAAAUACUUCAUUAACCUUUGUGCCUGGGGUGGGAAUCAAGGCACUGACCAACCACGGCACUACCAACAUCAGCACAGACUGGGGCAUCAAGUCUCCCCUUUUCCAAGACACAGGAGGAGCCAAUCUGUUUCUCUCUGGGGUCUACUUCACUGGGAUUAUUAUCCUGGCCCAAAAUGACUUUGGUCACCCAAUUCUGAAGCUCCAAGACUGCUAUGCCCAAGUGAGCCAUGCCCAUGUCUCGUUUUCUGGAGAACUCAGUGUCCUGUAUAACUCUUUUGCCGAGCCCAUGGAGAAACCCAUUUUAAAGAACUUAAAUGAAAAGCUCUGUCCCAUCAUCACAAGUGAGGUGGAAGCACUGAAUACCAAUCUCAGCAUGAUAGAAGUUUUAACCAAGAUUGACAACUAUACUGUGCUAGAUUUUUCCCUCGUCAGUUCACCAGAAAUUACUGAGAAUUAUGCUGACCUGAAUUUGAAGGGCGUAUUCUACCCGCUGGAAAAUCUAUCUGACCCUCCUUUCUCGCCAGUUCCUUUUGUGCUCCCAGAGCGCAAUGACACUAUGCUCUACAUUGGGAUCUCCGAGUAUUUCCUUAAAUCUGCCUCCUUUGCUCAUUUUACAGCUGGAGCUUUCAAUGUCACUCUCUCCACACAAGAGAUCUCUAAUCACUUGGUUCAUAACUCUCAAGGACUUGGCAAUGUGCUCUCCCAGAUUGCAGAGGUCUACAUCUUGUCUCAGCCCAUCAUGGUACAGAUCAUGGCAACAGAACCACCAAGGAUCAAUUUACUACCGGGUAACUUCACCCUUGACAUCCCUGCCUCCAUCAUGAUCCUCACCAAGUCCGAGAACUCGACAGUUGAAACCAUCGUUUCCAUGGAUUUUGUUGCCAGUACCAGUGUUGGCCUGGUUAUUUUGGGACAAAGAUUGAUCUGCUCCUUGUCUCUAAACAGGUUCCAUCUCUCUUUGCCAGAAUCCAAUCAUAACAAUAUUGAGAUCUUAAGAUUUGAGAAUGUCCUGUCCUCUAUUCUCCAUUUUGGUGUCCUCCCGCUGGCAAAUGCAAAAUUACAGCAAGGACUUCCUCUGCCCAACCCAUACAAUAUCUCAUUCAUCAACUCAGAGAUUGAAGUUCUAAAGGACUUCCUGUUGAUUUCCACGGACCUGAAGUAUGAAUCAUCCUCAAAGCAGCAGUCAAGUUUCUAUGGUUGGGAUAAUCUGAAUCUGAUCAAUGACCUGUGGAGGAAAAACUAGUCCCAUGAUGAUACAUCUGGAAUUCACUUCUAGAAGUAAAUGACCCAUAGUCCUACAGCUAAUGCAGGUCCAAAGGGGAACAAAAAGUACACUGGAAUUUUAAAUCCCUCAUGAAUCAUAUCCACUGAAAGUUUUGUUUCUUAAACCCUCAGGGAUAUAUAGAGGAGAGCUGGGUUAAAGAGUUAAGUUGGGGGAGGAGCCUAUUCAGGGAGUGGGGGUAGAUAUUUGAAAGUGUGUUCGCGUUUGAAUGUAUGCCGUGGGUCUCUGUGUUUAUAAGUUUCUGUGACCAAGAGAAAGGCAUGCCUUUCUGAUGAAGUGUGUGAGAAUCUCUUUUAAGUACAGGUGUGCAUCAGUUAUCUAUGGAGAUGCCUUCAGCCCUCUCAACUUUGUAGGGUCCCUGGUAUGAAAUUUUAUGUUUUAUAUUUACUAUUAAUGUCCCAUGUAUUUAAUUAAAACUGUUUUCUAUUAGUGCCA